AUGCCUCUCGAGCUCCACGGCCUCAAGUCGGCCGACAUCCACGCCAAGGUCCGGUCUCUCAUCCACGAUCUCGUCAACAUCAAGGAUGAGACUGGCGAGUUCCUCAUGACCCUGGCCGACGGCCGCAUCAUCGACACCAAGGGCUGGAACGACUGGGAGUGGACGCACGGUGUCGGCCUGUACGGCAUCUGGAAGUACUAUGAGCUGACCGACGAUGCUGAGUUCCUCAAGAUCAUCGAGGACUGGUUCCAGAACCGCUUCGACGAGGGCCACAAGGGCAAGAACAUCAACACCAUGGCCGUCUUCCUGACCCUGGCCUUUGUCUACGAGAAGACGGGCAACCAGACGUACGUGCCGUGGCUCGACAGCUGGGCCGAGUGGGCCAUGCACGACCUCGGCCGCACCAAGUACGGCGGCAUGCAGCACACGACCUACCUCGAGAUCAACGACGAGCAGCUUUGGGAUGACACGCUCAUGAUGACCGUCAUGCCGCUGGCCAAGAUUGGUCUCGUCCUCAACCGGCCCGAGUACGUGGCUGAGGCCAAGAGGCAGUUCCUCCUGCACACGCAGUACCUCUUCGACGCCCCCUCGGGCCUCUUCUUCCACGGCUGGACUUUUCCGGCGGCGGGCCACCACUUUGCGCGUGCCCGCUGGGCGCGCGGCAACGCGUGGCUGACCAUUGUUAUCCCCGAGUUUGUCGAGCUGUCGACCUGCCCAAGGACGACCCGCUGCGCUACCACCUCCUCAACACCGCUCGAGGCGCAGGCCGCGGCGCUCGUGCCGCUGCAGGAGGCUGACGGCUCUGGCGCACGCUGCUCGACGUCUCCCAGGACGAGGGCUCCUACGUCGAGGCCAGCGCGACGGCCGGCUUCGCCUACGGCAUCCUCAAGGCCCAGCGCAAGAGGUACAUCGGCAAGGAGUACGAGGCCACGGCCAUCAAGGCCGUCAACGCUUGUCAUUGACAACAUCAGCCCGAGGGCGAGCUGCUCACACGUCGUUCGGCACGGCAUGGGCACGACUGCAGCACUACAAGGACAUUCCGAGGACGAGCAUGCGUACGGCCAGGCCAUGGCCAUGAUGGCGCUGGUCGAGUUCCUGCGUGUGUACUACUGA